UGUUUGUACACCACUUCAGAAACGGUCCCACAUAUGGGAAAGACCACUCCAUAUUGUGGCUUCGUCUUAAGUAGUAUGUAUAUACGAUCUACUAGAUGUCACUUUUAUUAGGAUAUAUACUUGCUUACAUUUGACGAUUUAAACAGGUCGACGGAGAUUUUAUUUAAGCACAGCAACGUCGACCAAUCUUGGUGUAUCCUGUGGAAUAAAGGGGAACUUGUUGACUUCUGACAAUAGCUUUUAGCUAACAAAGUCUGUUGUAUUUGUUGAUUGUAAGCUUGACUUUAAAAUCAGUAAAAGAUGUCGGAUGUGAGAAGCUUUGAAGCCUGGGACUAUGUCUUAUUUAGUUUGCUGCUUUUAGUCUCGGCGGUUAUUGGUAUCUAUUAUGCUGUGCAGGCUAGAAGAAAUGCCUCAAUGGGAGAAUUCCUGAUGGCCAGUCGAAGUUUGGGGAUCAUUCCUGUGUCCGUGUCCAUUUUAGUUUCAUUUAUGUCAGCCAUUUUGAUUCUUGGUACACCAGCUGAAAUGUACGUGGAAGGAACUGGUUAUUGUGUUUAUUUGAUUGGCAUGAUAUUUGCCAUUGUUAUAGCAGCUAUAACAUUUGUUCCACUUCUCUAUUCGUUAAAAUUAACAAGUUCUUUUGAGUAUUUGCAGUAUAGAUUUAACUCCAAGGCAGCUAAAUUAACAGGGACAUGUAUAAUGAUCAUUCAACAGAUUUUGUACAUGGGUGUUGCGUCUUAUGCGCCUUCGACGGCUUUAGAAGCGGUAACUGGAUUUCCCGUGUGGGCUACCAUUAUUACUGUAGGUCUAGUCGCAACAUUUUAUACAUCACUGGGUGGUAUGAAAGCUGUCAUUUGGACUGAUGUCUUUCAAUCUAGCAUUAUGUUAGCAGGUUUAUUGGCAAUUGUUAUUCAGGGUUCUAUAGUUGUUGGAGGGAUGACAGAAGUAUGGAACAUAAAUGAUGCCUGGGGUAGAAUUGAUUUCUUCGACUUUAACCCAGAUCCAACUCAAAGACAUUCGUUCUGGUCACUUGUAGUUGGUGGAACGAUAGGAUGGACAUCCACGUAUGGUGUAAAUCAAGCCAGUGUACAGAGAUAUUGUGCUCUGCCUACAUUAAAAAAGGCUAAACUUUCUGUGAUGUUGAAUGUAAUUGGAGUUAUAAUUUUAUUAACAUUAACCAGUUUAACCGGCAUUGUCGUUUUUGCUUAUUAUGCUCAAAAAGGUUGUGACCCACUGUCUGCCGGCUAUGUUAGUAACUCAAAUCAGUUAAUACCAUAUUUUGUAAUGGAAGUUCUGGGUUAUCCUGGAUUACCUGGUUUGUUUAUAUCCUGUCUAUUCAGUGGUGCAUUAAGUACAAUGUCGUCCUGUUUAAAUGCUCUAGCUGCUGUCACAUGGGAAGAUUUUCUCAAACCACAUUUUGAUUACCUUACUGAAAGAAAGAAAACAUACGUAACUAAGCUUUUAGUUUUAUUAUAUGGUGGUGCUGGAAUAGGAAUGGCGUUUAUGGCUAAAAAUCUUGGAGGAACAGUUUUACAGGCAUCACUGAGUUUUACAGGCGCAGCAUCAGGACCUUUAUUAGGAAUGUUUUGUUUAGGGGCUUUCUUUAAAUGGGCCAAUUGGAUAGGUGUUGUGGUAGGUGCUAUUCUGGGUUUAAUAUUUCCUCUAUGGAUCAGUAUAGGAGCUUACAGUGUCAUCAGCAGACCAGGGCAUUUAUUAUUUCCUACCAAUUCUUGUAGUAUAGCUAAUAUAACUUUAACUACCGCAAUGACACCUAUAUCGACUAUAGUAGAGGCUACAACAGCAGGCUAUGAAGAGCCAACUGGAAUAUUAAAAUUAUAUACUGUUUCUUAUUUAUGGUACCCAGCUAUAGGAGCAGCAACUGUAGUUGUAGUUGGUUUGAUAUUGAGUUUGAUUACCGCCCCGUAUAUUGAAAAACAGGAAGUAGAUCCUAAAUAUUUGAUACCACUGUUCGAUCGUUUAUUCUGCUGUCUACCGGAAUCCAUGAGAAAACCAUUACGUUGUGGAAUAGAGUAUAGAGACCCAGAGGAAAUUUUAGCAGAACAAAAUGUAGAAUUCACCAUCGAACCACCCAACGAAGAGACAGAGAAAAGCCCAUCAACUAUACAAAAUGGGGAGAAGAAUGGAUACUUCAUCAAUGACAUUCCAGAGAAAUACGGUUUAAAUAAUCCCGGCUUUAACAGUGAUGAGAAAAUAAACGUUAAUUUAACAACACAUAUGUAGUGUGGGGUUGGAUGUAUAAUUCACUUUUCAUUAAUUAGAUUUUAUAUAAACUAAUGAAGCAGCUCAAAACCAAACACUACACGUAUGAAAAAUUAUUUGGUUAAUUUAAAAGGUGUGUGAAUAUAAUAUUGGUUGUGUGAAUCCUACUUUAAUUUGAAACAAAUUUCAAAUAUAUAUUUUGUAUAGAAAUAUUUCUAAUGUAAUAUUUUUUUUACAUGGGAAUUUAAAAUGUGAUAGUUUUAUAUAGAAAUAUUGACCACAUUUAAAAUUUUAGUUUAUGUAAAUAAGCUCUACAUUUAAAACCAAUAAUAUUUUUAUAUUUAUGUUUGUGUAGUUGGUGUACAUAGGAAUAUUGAUUAUGUUAUCUUCGGCCAUGAUAUUACUGUGUCGAAAUGACUUUAUUUACAUUACACUUGGUGCUGUUCACAUUGCCCGAAGAAAGGGAGGUAAACAAAUAAGCUAUCGACUAGAAAUUAAAUUUACAUACAAUACAACCACUGACAGAAUUUCAUCGCUGAUAUUUUGCCUCUAUAUAUCAUUUAACUUGAGCUUCUAUAAGUUUUCAUUUCUGUGAUCGGACUUCCACUUCAAUGCCAGAAGAACGCAUACAUGUUAAACAUCUCUUUCGAUAUAUCGUAUGUGCUAUGGCGUAUUUGUCGAACUGUUGCUGGUCUAAAAGUUACAGAUCUUUAGUUAAGCACCUUAUCUCGAUCAAGCAAUCUCAGUUACAAAAUGCUAUGUAAAAAUAAAAAAAACAAACAAAACAUUUUACGUUUGAGGGGAAACGGAUCGAAAUUUUAAUAUUGCUUCAGAUUGGUGUCAUGUGUUAGUUUUAUACCCAAUCUAUUCAAAUAAAUCAAUUGAUUUCA